AUGCGUCCGAUGCUGCUGGAUAGGCAGUACCGCAUGCAUCCGGACCUCGCGACGUUUCCGAGCGGCGCGUUUUACGGCGGCAAGGUGGCGUCCGAGCCGACGGCGGCGACGCGGCCGUCCCCUGGCGGGGUCGCGUGGCCGGCGUCGGGCGGUAAGGCGGGCGCGACGUCGCCGCUGGUGUUCGUCGAGGUGGACGGCGGCGAAGAGCGCCGCGCCCCGGACGGGGUGUCGCUGUACAACGAAGAGGAGGCGAAGGUCGCGGUCGAGAUCGUGACGCGUCUCCUCGCGGCGCGCGGCGCCAGCAGCGCCGGCGGCGGCGUCGCGCCCGUGGGCGGGCCCGGGGACGUCGGCGUCAUCGCGCCGUACGCCGCGCAGGUCCGGGUGUUACAGGAGCGGUGGGCAGCGAAGCUCCGCGGCGGCGGCGGCGGGGGAAAAAACGUCGGCGAGACUCCCUCCGUCGACGACUUCGAUCGCUUCGCCGCCGACGAGGGCAUCAAGCUCACCGCGAAAGAGCGCGCGAUGGCGUCGUCUUCCGCGUCUUCGAACCAGCCCCCGCCGUCCGCGCGCGAGCUCGAGAUUCACUCCGUGGACGGGUUCCAAGGCCGAGAGAAGGAGGUCAUCGUGUUGUGCACCGUUCGCGCCAACGCGGCAGGGAAGCUCGGGUUCGUGUCCGACGACAGGCGAUUAAACGUCGCCAUCACGCGCGCGAAGCGAGGGCUGAUCGUCCUCGGGCGCCGCGAGACGCUGAGUAGCGACGAGACGUGGCGGGCGUGGUUUCGGUGGGUGGAGAAGCGAGGGUUGAUCGUGCGCUCGAGCGAGCUGUUGCGAGACGGCGAGUAGAAGAAGCAGCUUGCUUUGAGUCUGUCUGGUCUCGUUCAGUUC